UUUUUUAUACAAAUAUAGGCUCUUUGCUUUACACCUGUGUUGAAUAUGGAAUGUUUUGUUGUAUCUUUGUUUGGGUGGGGUUUGAGGAAGCAAGAGAAAGCUAAAGGAUAGAUGAAUAAGGAAAGGUUGAAGUGUGUUGGUUUUGGGUUCUUUUCUUUCUUUUUUUUUUUUUUUCUCCAUUGGUGGUGUCUAAAAAUGGGACUGCCCAAAUAAAUCAGUCACAAUAAAAUUUUCUAAUCUUGGGUCUUCUGGGUAUUCUUCAUAACCAUCAGAUUUUCUUUAGUUUUCUUCCUUCUUUUGGUUCCUUUCUUCUCUGAGCUUUCUGGGUUUUUUUUUUGUUUGGUGUGGAGAUGGUGAGGGGAAAGACUCAAAUGAAGCGCAUAGAGAAUGCCACAAGCAGACAAGUCACAUUCUCUAAGCGGCGAAAUGGGUUGCUAAAGAAAGCUUUUGAACUAUCAGUUCUUUGUGAUGCUGAGGUUGCGCUGAUAAUUUUCUCUACCAGAGGCAAGCUCUAUGAAUUUGCAAGUUCUAGCAUGAAGGACACAAUAGAACGUUACAUGAGGCAUAUGAAGGAUAAUCGAACCAAGCCAACUGAACAAAACUUGCAGCAUCUGAAGACUGAAGCAGAAAAUAUGAUGAAGAAAAUAGAGCUUCUUGAAGUUUCAAGACGGAAACUACUAGGAGAGGGAUUGGGUUCAUGCACACUAGAAGAACUACAACAGAUAGAACAACAGUUGGAAAGGAGCGUGAGCAGCAUCAGAGCAAGAAAGACGCAAGUUUUCAAGGAACAGAUAGAGCGAUUGAAAGAAAAGGAAAAAGUCCUAGCUGCCGAAAAUGCAAAGCUUUGUGAAAAGUAUGGUAUGAAGCAAUGGAAAAGAUCAAAUGAGCAGAAAGAGAAUGUACCAUAUGAUGAAAGCAGUCCAAGCUCGGACGUGGAGACUGAAUUGUUCAUCGGACCACCAGAAGGGAGAACAAAACGCUUCCUGCAACCGAACUGAUUGAUGACAACAUAUCCCAUGCCGUGCAAAUAUGAAUACAAGGCAGAACACCUACUAAGCAUCCAGUUUGUUGCAUUAGUUUCAAAUAAAAUUCAUACCAGCAAUGGUAUGGUAAGCGUAAAAUUAAACUACCAUGAGUAGGACCAAAGAUUUGCUAUAUAAAUAUCCUUAUCGUGGAGCAUGUUACAUGUCAUUAGAAUGCUCCAAUAUUCUCUGAACCUAGUUAUUUUUGAGCGAAUUGAUUAGCAGGUUGAUCAGCAAAUGUUUUUCUAAAAGGAAAUAAACUUAUACUAACGUCCAACCUUUAUUUUAAACUGCCAUUUAACUAACUUGAAUUUUUUACUGGAUCAAACCAAUGCCGGU